CUCCAUUUAUUUUUGUCGAACUCAACUCAAGUCAAGCUCAAAUAAAUACUCUCCUUUAAACCCCUUUCUUUCCCCAAUUCAAAACGCGCUUCUCUCUCUUCAUCUCUUCAAAACUUCUAACUCAAGCCAUCUCUCUUAGGCGGCAACUCCUUUUUCACAGAUCCAUUUCCUACCGACAAACGGUGCCGUUUGUUGCUCUCAAGUCAUCAGAUCUACACGAUCUGAUCGGACUUCACCGCUACCGUUACCGCCGAUCGUAUCUGUUUGCUUAGCUGAUUGUAAAUGGAUAAUUUGAUUUCUCUGGUUAAUAAAAUACAAAGAGCAUGUACUGCUCUCGGUGAUCACGGUGAAGCUAGCGCAUUGCCUACUCUUUGGGACUCUUUGCCUGCUAUUGCCGUCGUCGGUGGCCAGAGUUCAGGAAAGUCAUCAGUGUUAGAAAGCAUUGUCGGAAAGGAUUUUUUGCCUCGUGGAUCCGGUAUUGUUACUCGUCGUCCUCUCGUGUUACAGCUUCAUAAGAGUGAUGAAGGUACCAGAGAAUACGCUGAGUUCCUUCACCUCCCUAGGAAGAGAUUCACCGACUUUGCUGCCGUUCGGAAGGAGAUUCAAGAUGAGACCGAUAGAGAGACUGGUCGUUCAAAACAAAUCUCUACUGUUCCAAUUCAUCUGAGCAUAUACUCUCCGAAUGUUGUAAAUUUGACGUUGAUUGAUCUUCCUGGGCUUACAAAAGUGGCUGUUGAAGGGCAACCGGAUAGUAUUGUGCUUGACAUUGAAAAUAUGGUUCGCUCCUACAUUGAGAAGCCCAACAGUAUAAUUCUGGCCAUUUCACCUGCAAAUCAAGAUCUUGCAACAUCUGAUGCAAUAAAAAUAUCUCGUGAGGUGGAUCCUACAGGAGAGAGAACUCUUGGGGUCUUGACAAAGAUUGAUCUUAUGGAUAAGGGUACUGAUGCAGUCGAGAUACUGGAAGGAAAAGCUUAUCGGCUAAAAUUUCCUUGGGUUGGUGUUGUGAAUCGCUCCCAAGCUGAUAUCAACAAGAAUGUUGACAUGAUUGCGGCUCGUCGUAGAGAGCGCGAGUAUUUUGCCAACACAGUAGAGUACAAACACCUUGCUUCAAGAAUGGGUUCUGAGCAUCUAGCAAAGGUGCUAUCAAAGCAUUUGGAAACUGUAAUCAAGUCCAGAAUCCCAGGCAUCCAGUCCCUUAUCAACAAAACAAUCGCUGAACUGGAAUCUGAAUUUAGUCGUCUUGGAAAGCCUGUUGCUGUUGAUGCUGGGGGAAAGUUGUACACAAUCAUGGAGAUAUGUCGUAUGUUUUACUCAAUAUACCAAGAGCAUCUUGAUGGAGUGCGACCUGGUGGUGAAAAAAUAUAUAAUGUUUUCGAUAACCAAAUUCCUGCUGCUUUAAAAAGGUUGCAGUUUGACAAGCAACUUUCGAUGGAAAAUAUUCGUAAACUGAUUACUGAAGCUGAUGGAUAUCAACCUCAUUUGAUAGCUCCUGAACAAGGAUACCGUCGUCUCAUCGAAUCUUCUAUAGUUACCAUUAGAGGUCCUGCUGAGGCAGCUGUUGAUGCGGUUCAUGGUUUAUUGAAGGAGCUGAUUCACAAGGCUAUCAGUGAGACUCCGGAGUUAAAGCAAUAUCCUGCUCUUCGAGUGGAGGUUGGGAAUGCGGCGGUUGAGUCGCUUGAAAGAAUGAGAGAGGAAAGUAGGAAAGCUACACUUAAGCUAGUUGACAUGGAGCACAGCUACUUGACAGUUGAUUUCUUCAGGAAGCUUCCUCAAGAUGUUGACAAGGGUGGCAAUCCCACACAUUCAAUAUUCGAUAGAUACAAUGACUCGUAUCUUAGACGAAUUGGAUCGACGGUUCUAUCGUAUGUGAAUAUGGUGUGUGCAAGUCUUCGUAAUUCCAUUCCUAAGUCCAUCGUUUACUGUCAAGUGCGAGAGGCCAAACGAAGCCUGCUCGACCAUUUCUUCACCGAACUGGGAAAAAUGGACCAAAAAUAUCUGUCAUCAUUGUUGAAUGAGGAUCCAGCAGUGAUGGAGCGGCGCGCUGCACUUUCGAAAAGACUGGAGUUGUACAGGAGUGCUCAAGCGGAGAUUGAUACAGUCGCUUGGUCUAAGUAGGAUACGCAGCAGUUAAAACAUUCUUGUUUUAAGAUACUAGGCUUGCUGGCUGUGUUAUUCUUUCAUUUGUUAUAUGUACCGGGGAAGGAGGGGAGCUCCGAGUCUUUUCUAUUUUUGGGUUGUAAUGUGCUACUAGUUAACAAAAGGGUUGGGUUUAUUUCCUUGGCCUAUGCUAUACAAAUAUGUAGUAGUAUGAUAUACGAAUUUGCUAUUAAUUUUUCAUGCUCAACAUCUGCAUUGUGCA